AUGUUGAACGACGUUAAACUCGCACGAGUGGGACCAAACCGUCACGAUUCGAGGAUUACUGUUAAAGUGUUAAAGAUCUGGGAUACAAUUCAUGUCGACACCGGUGAAGGGCUCAGUUUCCUCUUUCUCGAUGACGAGGAACGAAGAUGCAUGCAUUGGUGGAAAGAAAAGAUCAGCAUAGGAGAUUUAGGAGACUACUUCAUGAAGAAGAGUGGAAGACCAUAUCUGGGCACAAAGAUGCAUGCUUUUGUUGAACAAAGUAAUCAGAGGAAAAGGUUCAAGAGAUGUCUUCAUGAAGGGGAGUGGAAGAUUCUAACCGGUUUUUCCGUGGUGAUGGUGAAUACAGAGAUCCGUUUGACGGAAGCCAGAAACAAGAUUGCUCUCACGUCCAACACCAGCGUCACACCCGCAGAGGACUCGGAUGCUUGGAUUCCGCUUGACAUCGUUCCUUACGAAUAUGUUUCGAAUUUUUGGAAUGAUGAACGAACUUCUUUCCCUAGAGAUGUCUCUAUUCCUAGGAACCCUUUAAACGAUGAUCCAAAGACCACUAACACAAUAGAUUUCACCCUACAGGACAACGAUGGGGAUCAAAUACAGUGUCGUGUAAAGGGUGCCUUAGCAUCUAAGUUUAAACGGUUUUGGCUUUACUAUGGUAAAAUUGAGACUAUCGUAUGCCUCUUAACCGAUUGGCGGGUUCUUGAAGAUGCCGAUCCUGCUCAUAUCGAAAGUGAAGAAGGAAUCUCUAGAUUUGAAUUCAAUCCUAUUGGCUUUGAUGAGGUUGACCAUUUCACUGAGAUAAUGUGCUCUUCCUCACAAGACAGCAGCGAAGAAGAAGUUGAAGAAAUGGAAUUUGAUUAUUUCAAUGGCUGUAGAACCGACAACAAAAGUUGA